AUAAAGGGUUAGGGCGGGAAGGUUCCGCGUCGGAGGGAAGAGCAAUUUGAAAAGCCCAAAAGUGCAGGAGGGAAAUGGCGUUCCUCGACGACUUUUUGGCGCCUCAAGAUAUUUGUUGGAAGGUUCGCACUUGAAACUUAAAUUUUUGCAGAGAUGUGAAGGGAACUUGUGCCAAGUAUACAUAUUGAAUUACAAGUGGCAGCCCGAUGUGGCUGCUUGCACUGGCUCCCAAGAGAACCCAUUGCCAGCGUAUGUAAAGCACCAGUGUAUGAAGCUUCUUAAUGCAGUGAAAGCAAAUAGGAUUGAAAAGGAAAUGCAAGAUGCAGAAGAAGGAUAUGGGGACCCACAUGAAGAGGAAGAAAGUGAAGGUGAAAAUGUUGACCUUGAAGAAGAAGAUGUUGGUGUCAGUUUGGGAACAGAUAAAGGUAAAGGCAUCAUGCAUGAAGGUGGUUCUUUUGCAACUGCAACCAGAAAAAGAAGAGGUGCAAGUGCAAGUUUAGUUUCACGAGGAAGUAGCAGGAGUCAUGGUUGUACUGGUGGUGAUAGAGUACCUUCUAUGAGGUCGAGUAAUAUGUCUGGUUCGAUUAAGAAUUUUUUUCCCAAUUAUGCUGCUGCUGGUGCUCAGCCUGAGAUUCGUAUAGCCAUGCAAUCAAAAGAUAUUGUUGAAGCAGCAGAUGAAACCAUAGGAAGGUGGUUCUAUGAUGCAUCCAUUCCCUUCAAUGCAGCAAACUCUUAUCAUUUUCAGCCUAUAGCAGAUGUGAUUGCUAGUGUAGGCCGAGGGUAUAAAAUGCCCUCUUUUCAUAAAUUGCGAGGUAAAAUUCUCAACAAUGUAGUUAGAGAUGUCAAGACAUAUUGUGAUGAACUAAAAGUGAGCUGGAAAGCUACAGGAUGCAGUGUAAUGGCAGAUGGGUGGACAGACAUCAAGAACAGAACAUUGGUAAACUUUUUUGUAUAUUGCCCUUUUGGUACUAUGUUCUUAAAAUCUGUUGAUUUGUCUGAUACUCCUAAGACUGCUGAUGUUUUGUUUGGGGUUUUUGAUAAAGUUAUACAAGAAGUUGGGCCUGAAAAUGUUGUGCAGUUUAUCACUGAUAAUGCAGCAAAUUAUAAAGCUGCAAGUGAAAUGUUAGCAGCACGAUAUGGGACAUUUUAUUGGAGUCCAUGUGCUGCUCAUUGUGUAAAUCUUAUGCUCCAGGAUCUAGGUGAAAGAGAUGAUAUGAAGUUGACAGUUCAUAGAUGCCAAGAAAUCACGAAGUUUAUUUAUAAUCAUGUUUAUGUUUUGAAUUUGAUGAGGAAAUUCACAAAUGGGGCUGAAUUGAUUCGACCUGCACAAACACGGUUUGCUACAAAUGUUUUGACUGUGCAGGGUAUAGUCAAGCAAAGAACUCCUCUCAGACAGAUGUUUUCAAGUGAUGAUUGGGCUGCAUAUCCACAUGCCUAUAAAAGAAAGGCUACGACAGUUGUGGAUACCAUCUUCGAUGCUGACUUUUGGGAAUCAUGUGUGCAGUUAUUGAAGAUUUGUGUACCUCUAGUGAAAGUCCUCAGAUUAGUUGAUAGUGAAGAUAGACCUUCUAUUGGAUAUUUAUAUGAGUCUAUGGACAGAGCCAAGGAGGCCAUUAGAGAUAAUAUGAAGGGAAAAAAGAAGUUGUACAUGCCUAUAUGGAAGAUUAUAGAUGAAAGGUGGUCUGGACAACUUCAUCGCUCACUUCAUGCAGCAGCCUACUACCUAAAUCCUGCUAUUAGAUAUCUUCCCACUUUUAAGAAGGACAAAGAGGUCGAGUAUGGCAUGUUGGAUUGUAUUGACGUAUUAGUAAGUGAUAGUAAAGAACAAGAUGCUAUCCAUAUGUCGAUCAACAAAUAUGAUACGGCUUCUGGUACCAUGGCGAGAGACACAGCAGUUCGAUGCAGGACAACUAUGCGUCCAGAUUUGUGGUGGGAAAGGUUUGGGUUUGAUUGCCCAGAAUUAAGGAAGCUUGCAAUUAGAAUCCUCAGCCAAACAUGUAGUGCAACUGGAUGUGAAAGAAAUUGGAGUGUAUUUCAACACAUCCAUAGUAAAAAGAGGAAUAGGCUGGAACAUAAAAGGUUGAAUGACCUUGUUUAUGUUCGUUAUAAUAUGAAGUUGAGACAAAGGCAACUAGAAACAACAUCUACGAGGAAGCAUCACACUCAAUAUGAUCCUAUCUUCAUUGACCAUUUUGAUAUAUUAGAUUCUUGGGUUGAAGAAGAACCAUCUGCAAUACUUGAUGAGGACGAUCUUGAUUUUUUGAACGUUGAAGGAACAACAGAGAUUAUUGAAGAAGGAGAGGCUAGGGGGGAGCAAUGGAAUGUUGGUGACAUUCCAUUUGCAACAGAGGGGAUAGAAGAAGCACUUAAUGAAGAAAAUGAAGAUGAUGAUGAAGAAUGAAGAUGAUGAUGUAGAUGACGAUUGAUGAGGCUUUUUGUUUUGAGUUCUGAAAACUAUGUCAAUAUGUUUUGAGUUUUGACUUUUGAACUUAUGAAUUGUGAUGUAAUUGAAUACUCUUAGGCUGCUUAGUAUGUUAUUUUGAUUUUUGAA